GACAGUGAGGAAGAGAUUCGCGAGGCUUUUCGGGUAUUUGACAAGGAUGGUAAUGGUUACAUCAGUGCUGCAGAGUUGCGUCACGUCAUGACAAACCUCGGCGAGAAGCUGACAGACGAAGAGGUGGAUGAAAUGAUCAGAGAAGCCGACAUAGAUGGUGAUGGUCAGGUGAACUAUGAAGGUAAGUUGCUUACUGUACCUCUCAGUGCCCACUGUAUUUCCCCCAAUUUUUGAGUCUAUUCAUCUGGUAACUCAACUAUAAUACAUCUACACA